GUUCUUAAAAAUGUCAAUAGAAAAGAAUUCUGGUACAUUUAGUUUCUUUAACUUUCAUGGAAGAGAUUAUAAAGUUGAUCUUCAUUUAAAUAACAGCCAACUUUUGGUUAUUCAUGUUGAUGAUUGCCUAACUUUGGAUCGGUGGAUUGGAAAAUAUGAUGCUAGCUAUAUUGAAGAAUUAACUCACAAAACUGGUAAUUUUAAGCAAUUUAGUAUCUUUUGUAAUAUGCUAGAAUCAGCUCUUUCUCAGAAUACUGAUGUUGUUUCUCUUGAUCUUUUGACAUUUGAUGAUUUAAAUGCUUUAAGAGAACAAAAGAUUGGCAGCAAAGUUUACCAUAAAAAAACCAACAGUGGUGAAAAUAAAUACAAAAGAUAUUUGAUCAUGACAUACACUGUAGAGUUUGAUCAGAUUCAUUAUCCUCUUCCGUUGGCCUAUUUGGGAAAGAAUGACUCAAUAUUGAUGAAAAACCAAUUUGAGGGUUUGAAGCGUAAAGAUCAAAGAGCAGAUUCAGAUUAUAUGAAUGCAAACAUUUUGCCCAAUAAAUAUGAACAAUUAUUAGCUGAAAAUGAAAAUUUAAAGCAAGAAUUAAAUUGCUGCUAUCAGCAGUUAAAAGAAGUUGAUGUUGAAGCUGUUUUAAAAGAUAUGAAGGUGCUCAAAAAAGUUGUCCAUAAUCUUGAGAACGAUUUGCUGACAGAGAGAAACAAACAUUCACGAAUAAUGAUGAAAAAGAAAAAAGAGUAUGAUCAGCUAUUGGAAGAGUUUGAAGAACUAAAAGCUACAGAGCGCAAUUUUCGUAUUCGCUGUAAGAGUUUAACUGAGGAAUUAGCUACUUUAAAGCGAAGUUCUCGUUUGUCAACAGCUAGUACUUCCUCAUCUAAACUUCGCAAUGAUAAAGCUACAUUACUUGCAAGAAAACAUAGAGAAAUUUCUAUUGAAAACAAUAAAAAAGAUUUUAUAAGAAAUUUACAAGAUUUAAGCAAGGAUAAAGCUGGUUUAGUUAGAAGUCGAACAUCUUCAUUAGAUAGAAGAAGUCAAACAUCUUCAUUAGGUAAAAGAAGUCGGACAUCAUCUUUAGAAAAGUUAUCUAUUGGUCGUAGGACACCUUCGCCAAACUUUAUCAAGUUUGAUCCUUCUGCGUAUGUGAAAAGAAAAGAAGAAAAAAGAAUCGAAUCAGAAAAUAAUCUCAAUCGACGCAGAACACCUUCAUCAAGUUUAAAAAAAAAUAUAUCACAUAAAAGUGCAUCCAAAAAGCCACCUGCUGGUAGAAUGAAUGACAACAGUUAUGCUAAAAAACACAGCAAGAAACAUCUUUCAGCUGGAAGUGAAAAUACAAUUUUAAAUAGUGCUAAGAGUUUAUCUAAAAAGUCAUACAGAGGCAACUAUAACAUAUAUGACUCCGAUCUAUCUGAAGACGAAAAAUCUCAACAGCUAAGAAGAAAAUCAGAAAGUCCUGUUAGGAAUAAAUACUUGAAUAAUCUAGAAGAGAAGUCUGAGGGAUAUUCAAUCGGAAUUGCUGAUAUUGACGCUCGUUUAGCUGCUCUCCAAAGGUUUAUGGAAAAUAAUAUGGAAUAAAUAUUAAUUUUAUAAA